UUCUCGUACAUCGCUCUCGCUCUCGCUCUCUCUCCUGCUGUCCACGACCGACCAAAGGCGCCGGGCACAGACUCUUCGUCGGAUCCAAGAGAAGCUCGCGCCCUCCCCGACCAUGGUCUCGGCGGAUACCAUCCGUACGGCUAUCGGCGUCAUCGGCAAUGGCACCGCCCUUGUGCUCUUCCUCUCCCCGGUGCCCACCUUCGUGGGCAUCUGGAAGAAGCGUGCGGUGGAGCAGUACUCGCCGAUCCCGUACGUGGCGACGCUGCUGAACUGCAUGAUGUGGGUGCUGUACGGGCUGCCGCUGGUGCACCCGCACAGCAUGCUGGUGGUGACCAUCAACGGCACCGGCAUGCUCAUCCAGCUGACCUACGUGGCGCUCUUCAUCCUCUGCUCCGCGGGGGCGGUGCGCCGCAGGGUCGUGCUCCUGUUCGCCGCCGAGGUCGCCUUCGUCGUCGCCUUGGCCGCGCUGGUGCUCACCCUGGCGCACACGCACGAGCGCAGGUCCAUGCUCGUCGGCAUCGUCUCCGUCUUCUUCGGCACCGGCAUGUACGCUGCGCCGCUCUCGGUCAUGAAAUUGGUGAUCCAGACAAAGAGCGUGGAAUACAUGCCCCUGUUCCUGUCCCUGGCCUCCCUCGCCAACAGCAUCUGCUGGACCGCCUACGCGCUCAUCCGCUUCGACCUCUACAUCACCAUCCCCAACGGGCUGGGCGUGCUGUUCGCGCUGGGUCAGCUGGGCCUGUACGCCAUGUUCUACAAGAACACCAAGCAGAUCAUGGAGGCACGCAGGCGCAAGGCCGACCAGCAGUCAACCAUGAUGGAGGUGGUCACCGACGCCUCCGCCACGCCGCCCCCGCCACCCAACAACAACAACGGCGGCGGCGGCGGCAACGGCUACUGAUCGCAUGCAACAGGAAGGACGACGACGAUCGACCAGCAAGCAAAAGCCACAUACAUAGCGUCGUCGUAGCGCCCCGCCGCCCACCGAAUGCUUGUUGUUCCGAUUCCGAUCUCCCCAAGGGGACGAUGCUCCGUUGCAUUCUCUGCAUAUCCUACUAAUAUAACGAAACGAAACAAAACAAAAGACAGCACAAAAGGGCUUGCUGGGUUUCACAUUUACCAUAUAUAAUCGUCUGCUGCUGUCUUGUUGCUGGUAUC